GAAAAAACACAUUUUCACACAAUUAAAACGGCGGCAGUACAAUUUGGAUUUAUUUUUUUCUAAUUUAUAAUUUAAUUUUUUGCGAGCAAUCAAAUCUAAAAUAUACACUUGAAGUGUGUUUAAAUAUUAUAUAUAACAAUUCAGUCCAAUUAAAUAAAAUAAAAAUGUCUAAAAGAAGAAUCGAAGUUGGUGAAACAUACUCGAAGCCAAGAAAAAUAGCAACUCCACCAACAGAGGGAACUGCUGCUGCUGUAACACCCGGUGGCAGUGGCGCCCUUCCACUGGCCAAACAGAAUUCUACAAUAAAUCCCUACACAACCAAACCAUAUUCACAGCGUUAUUUCAAUCUGUUUAAAAAACGCAUAACCUUGCCCGUUUUCGAGUAUCAAGUAGAUUUUAUGAGACUCUUGAACGAUCAUCAAUCCAUCGUUUUGGUUGGUGAGACUGGUUCGGGAAAAACAACACAGAUUCCACAAUGGUGUGUGGAAUUUGCGUUGUCGCGAGGUGGCAAAGCUGUUGCUUGUACACAGCCACGUCGAGUGGCUGCCAUGUCGGUGGCACAACGUGUUUCUGAGGAAAUGGAUGUUGUGUUGGGCGAACAAGUCGGUUAUAGUAUUCGUUUUGAGGAUUGUUCUUCGCAGAAGACACUUUUGAAAUACAUGACUGAUGGUAUGUUGUUGCGGGAGGCAAUGUCUGAUCCGAUGUUGGAGUCGUAUCAAGUUAUUUUGCUUGAUGAGGCUCACGAAAGGACGCUGGCUACUGAUAUUUUGAUGGGUGUGCUGAAGGAAGUCAUUCGACAGAGGAAAGAUUUGAAGCUUGUGGUUAUGUCAGCCACUUUGGAUGCUGGCAAGUUCCAGCAGUACUUCGAUAAUGCACCUCUGAUGAGCGUGCCUGGUCGUACGCAUCCUGUCGAAAUAUUCUAUACACCAGAACCAGAAAGGGAUUACCUAGAAGCUGCAAUUAGAACCGUAAUACAGAUUCAUCUUUGCGAGGACAUAGAGGGUGACAUCUUGAUGUUCCUCACAGGUCAGGAAGAAAUCGAAGAGGCAUGCAAGAGAAUCAAACGUGAUGCAGAUAAUCUUGGUCCAGAAGUUGGUGAAUUAAAGUGCAUUCCAUUGUAUUCGACGUUGCCACCGAAUAUGCAACAGAGAAUUUUCGAACCAGCACCACCGAAGAAGGGCAACGGAGCUAUAGGUCGUAAAGUAGUCGUAUCUACAAACAUUGCUGAAACUUCACUAACCAUUGACGGUGUUGUAUUUGUGAUUGAUCCUGGUUUUGCCAAGCAAAAGGUCUAUAAUCCACGUAUUAGAUUGGAAAGUUUAUUGGUUUCACCCAUAAGUAAAGCUUCGGCCCAACAGAGAGCCGGUCGUGCUGGUCGAACAAGGCCGGGUAAAUGUUUCCGACUCUACACCGAGAAGGCAUUCAAUAAUGAAAUGCAGGACAACACAUAUGCUGAAAUUUUAAGAUCCAAUUUGGGAACUGUUGUUCUUCAAUUGAAAAAACUGGGAAUCGACGAUUUGGUUCAUUUCGAUUUCAUGGAUCCACCUGCACCCGAAACACUGAUGCGUGCCCUGGAAUUGCUCAAUUAUUUAGCUGCUCUAGAUGACGAUGGAAACUUGACAGAACUUGGUGCAAUUAUGUCUGAAUUUCCACUGGAUCCACAAUUGGCAAAGAUGUUGAUAGCCAGUUGUCAACACAAUUGCUCAAAUGAGAUUUUAUCCAUAACAGCAAUGUUGUCGGUCCCUCAGUGUUUCGUUCGACCAAAUGAGGCCAAAAAAGCAGCUGACGAGGCAAAAAUGCGUUUCGCCCAUAUCGAUGGAGAUCAUCUAACAUUGUUGAAUGUUUAUCACGCUUUUAAACAAAGCAAUGAAGAUCCAAACUGGUGUUAUGAGAAUUUCAUUAAUUUCCGUUCAUUAAAAUCUGCUGACAAUGUACGCCAACAGCUGGCUAGAAUUAUGGACCGUUUUAGUUUAAAACGUACGAGCACAGAAUUCACAUCGAAAGAUUACUACAUAAACAUUCGAAAGGCACUCGUACAGGGUUUCUUUAUGCAAGUUGCCCAUUUAGAAAGAACCGGACAAUAUCUUACGAUAAAAGAUAAUCAAAUUGUGCAGUUGCAUCCGUCGACGUGCUUGGACCAUAAACCCGAUUGGGUUAUUUACAAUGAGUUUGUGUUGACUACGAAAAAUUACAUUCGAACUGUCACCGAUGUUAAACCUGAAUGGUUACUGACACAUGCCCCACAAUAUUAUGACAUGAAUAAUUUCCCACAAUGUGAAGCGAAAAGACAACUUGAAUUACUGCAAACCCGAUUGGAAUCUAAACAGUAUCAAAAGUUUUAGUUUCCUUUUUUUUUUUUUGUUUGUUUUAAUUUA